AUGUCGACAGCAACAUCAUCAAGAAUGACUUCAACAAUUUCACAAAACUCGCCGUUUCCGCCAAAUGCGGUCUACCAACAAAAUCCAUACCCAUCACAAACUUCUUCAUACUCACAAAUCCCAAGAAAUUCACCGUUUCAACAUCAACAAUAUCAUUCACCCCAAGAAUAUUCAUCAUCCUCUUCCUCACCUUCAUCAGUAUCUUCCUCAUCUGCAUCUUUUCCAUUAGGCACACUUCCACCCUCAUUCGAUCAUUGUCACUUAAUAGAUGGCAUUCCUGUAUCAUAUAUUCUCGAAAAAUUACAUUUAUUAGGUUCAACCUAUUAUAAUAAUAGACAAACCGCUUUUGCUGAACUUCUCAUUAAUUCCCUCCCUAAAACUACAUUUUUCGUUCAUAAAGAAUAUCUCAUCCUCCAAUCAAUCUUUUUUCGUCAAGUCUUUGAGAGGGUAAAAAAUGGUGAUUGUAUAACGAUCACCCUCCCCGCCGCUCCCGAAACCUUUCAACCCAUAUUAGAAUACUUAUAUACUGGUGAUGAUGACAAGUGGUAUAGCACUAUGACCAUAGAGAAUUGGUCAAAUAUUUAUAAGAAUGUACAAUUUCUUGGUUUAUGUACAGAAGCUAAAGAUGUUUGUUUGGCUUUUUAUGAGCAUGAGAUUGAACCGACUUUACAUAGGUCUGCCUAA